UCGGUGCCAGCCGGGCCCGGCGAGGCGGCCCGGGCCGGGGAGGGGGGGGGGCAGGCGGGGGGGGCCCGUCCCGUCCCGCCGCCGCCGGCCCCGCCGAGCCAUAAAGCCCAUGGGGAGCCGGCGGCGGCCGGGCUGAGCGAGGCCGGGACCCCGGGCACCCUGGGGCCCUCCCCGAGCAAGAUGACGUCGGCCACCAAGGUGUACUACAGCCAGACGACGCAGACCGACAGCCGCCCGCUCAUCGGCUCGGGGCUGCGCCGGCGCCGGGUGAUGACCAAGGACGGCCGCAGCAACGUGCGGAUGGAGCACAUCGCCGACAAGCGCUUCCUGUACCUCAAGGACCUGUGGACCACCUUCAUCGACAUGCAAUGGCGGUACAAGCUGGUCCUUUUCUCCGCCACCUUCGCCGGCACCUGGUUCGCCUUUGGCGUCAUCUGGUACCUGGUGGCCGUGGUCCACGGGGACCUGCUGGAGUUCGACCCGCCGGCCAACCACACGCCGUGCGUCAUGCAGGUGCACACCCUCACCGGCGCCUUCCUCUUCUCCCUGGAGUCCCAGACCACCAUCGGCUACGGCUUCCGCUACAUCAGCGAGGAGUGUCCCCUCGCCAUCGUCCUGCUCAUCACCCAGCUGGUCCUCACCACCAUCAUGGAGAUCUUCAUCACCGGCACCUUCUUGGCCAAGAUCGCCCGGCCCAAGAAACGCGCCGAGACCAUCAAGUUCAGCCAAAACGCGGUGGUGGCCCAACACAACGGCAAGACCUGCCUGAUGAUCCGUGUGGCCAACAUGCGCAAGAGCCUCCUCAUCGGCUGCCAGGUGACGGGCAAGCUCCUCCAGACCCACCUCACCAAGGAGGGCGAGAGCGUCCGCCUCAACCAGGUCAACGUGGACUUCCAGGUGGACACCUCCUCCGACAGCCCCUUCCUCAUCCUGCCCCUCACCUUCUACCAUGUGGUGGACGACGCCAGCCCCUUCCGGGACGCGGCCCUACGGAUGGGCGAAGGCGACUUCGAGCUGGUGGUCAUCCUCAGCGGCACCGUGGAGUCCACCAGCGCCACGUGCCAGGUGCGCACCUCCUACCUGCCCGAGGAGAUCCUCUGGGGCUACGAGUUCACCCCGGCCAUCUCCCUCUCGGCCAGCGGCAAGUACGUGGCCGACUUCAGCCUCUUCGACCAGGUGGUGAAGGUGACGGCGCCCUGUUGCCUCCACGAGACCGUCCGGUUCGGGGACCCCGAGAAGGUGAAGCUGGAGGAGUCCCUGCGGGAGGCGGCAGAGCGGGAGCGGGAGGGAGCACCCCUGAGCGUCCGCAUCAGCAACGUCUGAGCGCCCACCGGGACGCCGACGACGCCGCCCCCGGAGGUGCCACCAGCGCCCGGAGGUGCCACCAGCGCCCGGAGGUGCCACCAGCUCUUCCCCCCGUCCCGUCCUGGGCCGUUUUCCUUGCGGCAGGGGGCAGCUCCAUCAGGGACCCCUGUGGGUGCUCGCCCACCCGCCGGCGGGGCUGUCCCCCCACCCCGCCGUCCCAGCCCACCUGGGGACAGGGCUGUCCUUGUCCCCCCUCACCUCUCUGCUAACACCAGCCAGAGACCCCCCGGCCCUGCCGCAGGACACAAUCCUGUGGGAGAUGGUGGCCUGGGUGGGGGGCACGGCCACCUCCAGCCCCCGGGGAUGGACACAGCCACCUCCAGCCCCUGGGGACAGCCGGGGACAUCACUUCUUGCCAGCUGGGAGCCGUCUUGCUGUCUGAUCCCGCCCCAGUGAGCUGGGGCUGAGACCCGAGCCACUCGCUGCACACGUGGGCUGGGGAGCGGGAGGCUCCGACCUUGUGGGACCUCUCCCCUUGCUCAUGGGAACCCCCCCAUGCCUGGGAAGGUUCAGGCCAGGGGGCACAGGCCCCCUCCCCAGCCCAUCACCCCCCCGCACCCCCUUCGCCCUCCCCAUGGCCCACAGCCCCCAACCCUUCAGGGGCCACGGGGGCACCCCCAAGUCUGGGGUCACCGCACACUCACCAGGGGAAACUGAGGCAGGAGAAGCCCUCGAGCCCCCCCGUCCUCCACCACCCUCCCCCCCGAGCCAGGCCCUCCUCCCUGCGCUGACCCCCCCACACACACACUCCGGGCUGUGGGGGGGACACACACACACCCCCCGCGGCAUCACCGAUAAUCGGACACGGCCGCGGCGCCGCGUCCCCCCGGGCCGGGCACCCCCCCGGCCCCGCUCGAGCCCGUCGCUGCUGCUAACGUAGAGCUCUGCUAUUAACGCACGGCCCCGGCUGCCCCCCUCGCUGCGCUGAGGCCAGGUGAUACGUAUAUAUACAUAUAUAUAUAUAUAUAUAGUGCGACUAAUCUAUCUAUAUAUAAUGGGGAAGGAAGGUUCGCCCCCGGAAAGACCGGCUCGCGGGAGCCCCGCUGCCGCUGGGGCACCCCGGGGGUCUCCUCCUUGAUUUGGGGGAAGAAAGUUACUAAAUAAAGGUUAUGUUGAUGGUG